CCGACUUCAGUGGGCGUGACCGGAAUCGGCGACUGCCGGACAGAGGCGUACACGCGAAUUUUAGUUUUAGUCAGUUCUUUUGCGGGAAAUCUCAGACGGAAGACGGCAGCUCAGCAAUGGACGAGAAGCGGAAGCCAGUGAGAGUUUGGUGCGAUGGGUGCUACGACAUGGUGCACUUUGGACAUGCAAACUCGCUGCGGCAGGCGAAGGCGUUGGGCACCAAGUUGGUGGUUGGCGUGCACACCGACGAGGAGAUCACCAAGCACAAGGGGCCACCAGUGUACACCGAGCAGGAGCGCUACAAGAUGGUGCGCGCCAUCAAGUGGGUGGACGAGGUGGUCGAGGGCGCGCCCUACGUCACCACCCUCGACACCCUCGACAAGUACGACUGCGACUUCUGCGUUCACGGCGACGACAUCACCAUGACCGCUGACGGCGUCGACACCUACCACCUGGUCAAGGCUGCUGGAAGGUACAAGGAGGUUCGGCGGACGGCCGGUGUGUCGACCACUGACCUUGUUGGUCGGAUGCUGCUGCUGACACGGCAACACUUCUACCAGGGUCAGCGUGAGUAUGAAGUGGGCAAGGAGGGCUCCAGCACCAUGGGACUAGACCCAGCUGCACGAAGUCCUUGGACUGGCUGCUCGCAAUUCCUCCCCACUACCCAGAAAAUCAUCCAGUUCAGCGAGGGCACAGAGCCAAAGCCGGGAGAUCGGAUUGUGUACGUGGCCGGUGCCUUCGAUCUCUUCCACGUGGGCCAUUUGGACUUUCUGGAACAGGCCAGGGCGCAGGGUGAUUUCCUCAUCGUGGGGCUGCACACUGACCCUGUGGUCAACAGCUACAAGGGCAAAAACUACCCGAUUAUGAAUCUCCAUGAAAGAGUGCUCAGCGUACUUGCCUGCAAAUAUGUCUCGGAAGUGGUGAUAGGAGCACCAUACGUGGUGACAGCUGAUCUAAUGGACCAUUUUAAAGUUGAUAUUGUGUGCCACGGUCAGACUCCUAUUCAGCCAGAUAGCGUCACCAAUGAGGACGCCUAUGGCGAGCCAAAGAAACGCGGCUGCUUCAAGCUGCUGGAUUCAAACAACAAGAUGACAACGGAGAAGAUCGUCGAAAGAAUUAUCCAGCACAGGCUGGAGUUUGAGUCUCGCAACCAGAAGAAGGAGUUGAAGGAGAUUGCAGCGUAUGAGGCGCUUAAGAAGAGUCAGCUGCUGAACGGAGAGGCAUAGGGAGCGGAUCGAGAUUGUCAACAUCCACCAUGGACCUGAGCAACAACUGAUCUCCACACACUCCUGUUUUAGUUAUUUGUCUGCGUUCAAUCAAACCAAAAUGUGAUCAUCUAGUGCCAUAGCACUUGUUUCCAAGCUGUUUAUUAAUGAACUUGUUUUGCUCUUUUAUGUACAUUUGUGUGGUUUAAAAGCCUUUGAACUCUCAAAUUUGAGUUGGUACAAUGUAUUUCUCUGUAAGCUGGUCAAUAGAAAGCGCGUCAAAUGAUGGAUAUUGAUUGAAUUUUGAGCAUGUAAUGCCAAGUGUCCUUCCAAAAUGCCAACUUUGGCCAAUGUCUUGUCAGCACAAUUUAUAAAUGCACUUAACGUAGGCCAGCUAAUUGUCAAAUUUUUCUACCAAUCUCAAAUUUGCAGUUUGAGAGCCUUAAACAAGCCCCCAAGAUUGAUAUUAUUUGGAAAUGUAACCGUCGAUGUCAGUUUGGGCAAAUUUUAGUCAAUAUUAGCCCGUUUUAAUCCAAAAUUAAUGAGAUGUUUAAGUCUUUUUGUCAGACGUUUGGGGACCUUGUUGGCAAAAUAAAUCCAAACUCUAAAUCAAACAGUUUGUUUCUGA